ACUUGUCUAGUGCGAGCUCGCCCGCCACUCGGCUACGACUCGACAUUUGACAAGCCGCGAUUAGCUUCGCAUUAAGUCGCAAUGGCCGAGGCAGGCGUGAUAGCACCGGCCUCUGGUGCGGAAGAGCCGAAGCCGGUCAAUGAGAGUCAAGAUAGUCAAAAUGGCACCACUGGCCCAGCUCCAAAGGAUACGAUUUCCAAGCAAGAUGCAAAACCCACUGUGCAGCGUGCGAGAAGACCCAACUAUGCCAAAAUUCAUGCCCAGCCGCUCCCCGUUGUCGUCCACCCACUACCGGCCUUUGUCCCGCACAACCCGCUGUCACUGCUUCGCGUUGCAUGGAUCAUCAUCUCGCAAUACUUUGCGCCGCCUGCGUCGCACCCGCCCGCCCGCCACAUUGGGUACUGGUCAGCUGAAACACGCUCGAUCCACGUCACGGACCCGGCCAGCGUGCGGGCGCUGUGGGAGCAAGGCUUCUUCGGCAAGGGCAGCCUGAGCCGUAGCGAGCCGACCUGGCUAGACCGCGAGCAACAGCGGAAGGGCGUGCUGUCGGGGCGCAUAGCGGCCGAGGACUACACGCAGGUGCGCCGCAAGGAGCGCAAGGAGUACAAGAACGAGCGGGCCCGCAAGGAGCGCGAGGCCCUGGAGGAACAGCUGCGCCGGGAGGGGAAGCUCGUCGACGCGGCGGGCCGUGAUGCCGCCGCCUCUGCCGCUGCGAAGCGACAGGACGCGCUGGAGACGCAGGCGCCUGCAGGCACGACCGAGGGCGGCGACGGAGAAGCCGUCGCUCCGUCGACGGAAGAGGCAGUCGCGCAGCAGCAGCAGCAGGAGAAGGAGGAGGAGGAGAACAUGGCCGACGACGAGCUUCUCGCCGACGCGCCCAUCGCAAACCAAGAACACCUCCAGCUCACGCUGGAAGAAGCCUUCUUCCUGCACUACGGGCUCGGCGUCCUCGACAUCGUCGACCCCAGCACCAACACUUCCCUCAACACGUUCUCCCUCCUCCGCCUCUGCCGCACGCACUCGUACUUCCCGCCCCUCAACCCCACGGCGCCGCUCCGCCCCGACGACCCCUUCCUGCUCAAGUACGCCGCGUACCAGCACUUCCGGUCGCGCGGGUGGGUGGCGCGCGACGGCGUCAAGUUCGCCGUCGACCUGAUGCUGUACAACCGGGGCCCAGUGUUUUCGCACGCGGAGUUCGCGGCUGUGGUCCUGCCGGCUUAUAGUCAUGCGUAUUGGCGGCAGCAGCAGCGGGGUGAGGAGGGUAGAGAGGGAAGGACGCGGAAGGAGCAGAGCCCCUGGUGGUGGCUGCAUUGCGUCAAUCGCGUGCAGGCGCAGGUGCUGAAGAGCUUGGUGCUGGUGUAUGUCGAGGUGCCGCCGCCGAUGGAGGGGGAGGGGGAGGUGCAGGAUGUUGGCGCGCUGUUGAGAAGGUAUAAGGUCCGCGAGUUUGUGCUGAGGCGGUGGGUGCCGAACCGGAUGAGGGGGUGAUGUGGAUGUGAUAGGGUUGUGGUGUGGUGGGGAGGCGGA